AAAACUAAAAUGUCAGGGUUCCCAUCAGAUUUAGAUUUAUACCAGAUUCAGUUGAAAAAUAUGACAGAAGUCGCCAUGUUUAUAUUGAUGAGCUUCACAGAUGAUUCUGAGGUACAAGUCUUCCUGUUUUUGCUCUUUCUAGCAAUCUAUCUUUUUACUCUGAUAGGAAAUUUGGGACUGGUUGUAUUGGUCAUUGAGGAUUCAUGGCUCCACAACCCCAUGUACUAUUUUCUGAGUGUGUUAUCAUUUUUGGAUGUCUGCUAUUCUUCAGUUGUCACCCCAAAAAUGCUGAUAAAUUUCCUGUCAGAGAAUAAAGCCAUUUCACUCCCUGGAUGUGCAGCCCAGAUGUUUCUGUUUGUUACUUUUGGGACCACAGAAUGCUUUCUCUUGGCUGCAAUGGCAUAUGAUCGCUAUGUAGCAAUCUACAACCCUCUGCUGUAUUCAGUUAGCAUGUCACCAAGGAUCUAUGUGCCACUCAUCAUUACUUCCUAUCUUUGUGGCAUUUUAUAUGCUUCUGUACACACUGUGGCCACUUUUACUCUGUCUUUCUGUGCAUCCAAUAAAAUUCAACACGUUUUUUGUGACAUCCCUCCUCUCCUCGCUAUUUCUUAUUCUGACACUCACACAAACCAGCUUCUACUCUUCUACUUGGUGGGCUCUAUUGAGAUAGUCACUAUCCUGAUUGUCCUGAUCUCUUAUGCUUUCAUUCUGGUGGCCUUUCUGAAGAUGCAUUUUGUUGAAGGGAGACGAAAAGUCUUUUCUACGUGUGCUUCUCACCUAACUGGAGUGACAAUUUAUCAUGGAACAAUCCUCUUUAUAUAUGUGAGACCAAGUUCCAGCUACUCUUUAGACCAUGACAUGAUAGUGUCAACAUUUUACACUAUUGUGAUUCCCAUGCUGAAUCCCAUCAUCUACAGUUUAAGAAACAAAGAUGUAAAAGAAGCAAUGAAAAAAUUGCUUAAGAAAAUUUGUUUCAUAAGGUUUUAG